ACCUGGGAGUAAGGACACCAAUCUAAGUGGAGGAAAGGGGUGGAGGCGCUGUACGUACCACCCGGCGCGGUGCAGCCCCCAAGUCACUCAGUGAGAACUCUGAAAUGGAGAACAUUGUAUAUGCAGACUCCUUGCAGGGCUCGGACAACCUGGUUGGGUGGUAGGUCUCUGGUUUCGAGCUUUGGUGUGCGCCCGCUGGGUGCCAUUAGGGGUGUGGCUGCAAGCAGGAUACUGUGGAGUGGCCAUCAAUCUCUUAGUCUCUCCGUUCACAUUCUGCACCUUCUUCAAACCCCUUUUCCUUACGGUCGCCUUUCAGGAACUAUUCUUUGCUCCAACUCGGAGUUCCAGGCAACUUUUCUAACAUCCUCGCCCUUGCCAACUCCGCAACUCCCCAACUCCCAGGAGCAGAAAGUCACCCCCACGCCCAGUAGACUGGAGCCAGCUUCCCUCCCAAAUCCUCUAGGCACGCGGGGGCCUUGGGUGUUCAACACCUGUGGCGCCAGCGGCCGGCGGGGGCCCACACAAACACAGUGCGACGGGGCAUACACAGGGAGCAGCGUGGUGGUGACGGUGGGAGUCGCCGGGCCUCUGAAAGGCGUGCAGCUGUGGCGGGGGCCUGCACCGUUUUCCCGCAGGAUCUCCGCCUACGGAGCAGCGGGCGGCAAAGGCGCCAGAAACCACCUGUCACGGGCGCACGGCGUCUUCCUCUCGGCGGUCUUCUUCCUUAGUCGCGGGGAGCCGUUGUACAUCCUUGUGGGGCAGCAGGGCGAGGACGCCUGUCCCGGAACCACUUAUCACUCUCUAUUUCAAGGUGGUGAUACUUCAGAGUCUGACAUCCUCUGGGCUGAUGGGGAAGAUGGCAUAUCCUUUGUACACCCCAGCAGCGAACUCUACCUGCAGCCAUUGGCAGUCACAGAGGGCCAUGGGGAGGUGGAAAUCCGAAAGCACCCCAACUGUAGUCAUUGCCUGUUCAAAGACUGCCAGUGGCAGGCAGAGCUCCAGAUGACUGAAUGCAUAUGCCCAGAAGGCAUGGAGCUGGCUGUGGAUGGCAUCACUUGCAUGGACCUGCCAACCACCACAAGCCCCCUGAUUCUGAUGGGAGCUCUAGUGACAGCCUUGACACUGAGUGUCCUGAUGUGUGGAGUCCUGAUUCUAGUGAGCCAGAAGAGGUGGCAGAACCUGUGGGGGACCAGGCUGCCAGGCCCUGAGCUGGAGUUGAGCAAGCUUCGUACCUCUGCCAUCAGGACAGCCCCCAAUCCCUAUUACUGCCAGAUGGGGCUCAGCCCUGCUCAGUCCUGGCCUCUGCCCCCAGGGCUCACUGAGGUUUCACCAGCCAAUGUCACUCUGCUCAGAGCCCUUGGCCAUGGUGCCUUUGGGGAGGUGUAUGAGGGACUAGUAAUUGGUCUUCCUGGGGACUCCAGCCCUCUGCAGGUGGCUAUCAAGAUGCUGCCAGAGCUCUGCUCCCGUCAGGAUGAGUUGGACUUUCUCAUGGAGGCUCUCAUCAUCAGCAAGUUCAGCCAUCGGAACAUCGUACGCUGUGUGGGGCUCAGCUUCCAGGCUGCCCCUCGUCUUAUUCUGCUGGAGCUGAUGUCUGGUGGGGAUAUGAAGAGUUUUCUGAGACAUAGCCGACCACACCCGAGCCAGCCAUCACCUCUGGCCAUGCAGGACCUGUUGAAGAUGGCACAGGAUAUAGCUCAGGGCUGCCACUACCUGGAAGAAAAUCACUUUAUCCACAGAGAUAUUGCCGCCCGUAACUGUCUGCUGAGCUGCACUGGACCCAGCCGGGUGGCUAAGAUUGGAGACUUUGGAAUGGCAAGAGAUAUUUACCGGGCCAGUUAUUACCGCAAGGGGGGCCGGGCCUUGCUCCCUGUUAAGUGGAUGCCCCCAGAAGCUCUCCUGGAGGGUAUUUUCACAUCCAAGACCGACUCUUGGUCUUUUGGGGUACUGCUCUGGGAGAUCUUCUCACUGGGUUAUAUGCCCUACCCUGGGCAUACCAACCAGGAGGUUCUAGACUUCAUUGUCACAGGGAACCGGAUGGACCCUCCUAGGAACUGCCCUGUGCCAGUGUACAGAAUCAUGACCCAGUGUUGGCAGCAUCAACCUGAGCUCCGCCCUGACUUUGCCAGCAUUUUGGAGCGCCUCCAGUACUGCACUCAGGAUCCUGAUGUGCUGAAUUCACCCCUGCCAGUGGAACUAGGGCCGACUCUUGAGGAGGAAGAGGCUUCUGAGCUGGGGAACAGGUCAUUGGAAAGUCUUAGAUCCCCACAGGCCCUGGAACUGAGUUCAGAGAACUUCAAAAGCUGGGGAGGAGGCCUUCUAGGCUCUUGGCUGCCCUCUGGCCUUAAGGCCCUCAAAUCCAGACACCUCCGGCCUCAGAACCUUUGGAACCCCACAUACGGUUCCUGGACCCCUCCUAAGGGUGAAGACUCGGGCACUGACUACAGCAAUGGCUCCUCCUUGCACUCCUUUCCAGGCAUCUAGAUGGCUUGUUAUUCCAGUAGCCUCUGCCCCCUGCAGUCUGUGCUGCGUGUUUAGACAUGUUUCUGGGCUGUCCUGGCAGCCUGGCCUUUCCAUACUGGAAACCAGCCCAAACCCUCUUGGGGAAGGGCUUGGCCACCCUCACUCUUUGGAACCAGAGGCCACCACUGCAGGACUCAGUUGGGAAUCCCGGAUUGUCCUCUCCCCAUAAGUACCUUUCAUCUGGCCCAUCCCUGAUGGCACACAUGUUUUAAUAAUAAUUAAAAAGCAAAAC